GGAAGUAAACAGUGACGAAGAACAAUUUCCACGUUCGCGUUUUUAUUUAGAGGUUUAUUAACACCAUGGAAAUCAACAUUUGACUCAUUUAACUGCACAGCAUCACAUACUUACUCCAGGUAGUCUUUCAUUCGCGUUGGAGACAGGACUUGGUUGAUAGAUGUUGUCUAUAUAACGCUAGCUAGCUGCUAAUGUUCGCUAACAAUGGCCAGCUGUAUUGUUUUUCACACUCAAAUAGCCUCCAUCAUGGAGGUGCUAGCGAAUGCAGCCGUGGCAGAGAUCUGUAAACUCGUAGACGACGACUAUGCAGUGUUUCGUUUGGAAAUAACUCAAAGCCAGAAAGAAAACAGGGCAUUGCGGAGGAAACUACAGCUACAGGAACUUAAGGUGUCACGAGAGGUGGCAAUGCGAGAGCGCGUCCUUGUCAGUCGCCCCAGAAGUGUGAAGAUCCUCGACCGAUACAGAGGAAUGGCAAGAGGUGAAGGACAUCUCAAUGGAGUCCACAGAAGCUUUGUGAAGCCAUCGGAACACAAUACAUGGAGAGAUGACCAACCAAUCACUGUUGACGAGGGGAGUGGAACCUCAACACAGCACGUUAUUGUGAUAGAGUCUGCAGAUACAGAGGCUGCAGGUCCUGUGGUCAAGCAGGAGACGACUGAAGGAGAGGAGGACCCAAGACAUAGCAGAGACAUCCAGACUGAAGCGGCAGGAGCGCCCCCUGUAGCUAUGGAGGAUCCCACCGCCUCCCUAGUGCAGCCCAGGACCCGAUGCAGCAUCAUGGAGGAGGAGGAGGUGCUGCUGGUGAAGGAUGAGGGGUGUGAGGAGGGUCUGGGGAACCCUGAGGAGAACAUGGUCAUGGAGGACAACCAGACUACACCUCCUCCUGAACCCACAGAGGAACCAGCUGAGCAGAACAGGACCACACACAAUCUCACUGAGUCAGUAGACAUGGAGGAUGGGAAGCCUGAUCUGCUGCUGGUCAAAGAGGAGACGAUAGAGGACGGACCAGAGAGCAUUGAUCUGCUGAGUGGACUAAAGAUGGGGGAGCAAGGUGGUUGGUUGGAGGAUAACAGAGGAGACUGGGCGGCCAUCUUGGAUUCUCAGACUGGUGCAGCCAAGGGCCCAGGGGACGACAUCACAGAGCAGGCUGGGACCAGAAGCGACAUAGCGGAGUCAGUAGACAUGGAGGAUGGGAAGCCUGAUCUGCUGCUGGUAAAAGCAAAGACAAUGGAAGACGGACCAGAGAGCAUUGAUCUGCAGAGUGGACAAAAAAUGGGGGAGCAAAGUGGUUGGCUGGAGGAUAACAGAGGAGACUGGGCGGCCAUCUUGGAUUCCCAGACAUGUGCAGCCAAUGGCCAAGCGGAGGUCAUUGGAUGGGACAGUGUCCUCAUCUCUGGGCUAGGGAACAACACUGUUAACCAUAAUCAGAAACAGACAGCCGAAAGCAGGGCGAGGUGUAGAUUUGGUCUGCAGGGUCGGGGAGGUGUCCGUAUGUGGCUGGAGAGAACAGACAAAGACUCGGCUAGCGAUGCUCCGUCCUCCUCCUAUAGUUGUGAUUCAGAGAGACUGAUGGCACCUCAGGUUAACCACCUAACAGGUGCUGCCUUCAGCCUGCCUUCUAUAGGAUCUAUCAACUGGAACAUGGACCCUGCGACAACACAGACACUCCCUGGCCUUCGUCCUCCUCACACUCUCCUAAUGUUAAACCAGACCUCGGACAAUGCCAGUGCCUCAACACUAAAUGGCUACACAAGCCCGAUGACCAAUGACAGUAGUAGUAAUGCUAUCAGUAGAUACGGUGGCAAAGAGAAGCACUUCCCGUGUUCAUUCUGUGGGAAAGCCUUCAGUUUCCCCAAACAGGUGGAGAUCCACAAGAGGAUACACACAGGAGAGAAACCAUUCAGCUGCCACCUUUGCCAGGCCAGUUUUUCACACUCAUCCAGCCUGAAGAGGCACCAGAGGAUGCACACAGGGGAGAAACCAUUCAGCUGCCACCUGUGCCGGGCCAGUUUUUCCCACUCAUUCAACCUGAAGAGGCACCAAAAGGUCCACACAGGGGAGAAACCAUACAGCUGUACCCAGUGUGAGAAGAGGUUCUCCCGCCAGCAGCGGCUGAAGAUGCACCUGAAGGUCCACACAGGAGAGAGUGCGUUUGCCUGUACGCAGUGCGGGAAGAGGUUCUCAGAGAGGAGCUGCCUCAGGAUACACCAGCAGAAAAUGCACAUGGCCCAUGUAUAGAGUAUAGUGACAUCAUAAUCUAACUGAGCAGCAGCAGUUAGGGAGAGCUCCUCGUAAAAUUGUAUUAUUUUUGUUAAAUGAUUUUGUGUUUGGUUGUUUCAAUGCAGUGCUGUGUUCUCCACCUCUGGAGAUGUUAGUAAAUGUUUUUCCUUUGAGAAGAUUGUUUGAUUUUGAGAGAGAUUUUUGAGAGAAUGAUCAACCUGGCUCUAAAGACUAGCUAGUCUACUAAGUCAUCUUGAUCAUCUGGCAAGAGGCAACAAGGGCAGGAUUGAGGGCCUAGGGCAUCAGGACAAGAGAAGGAGGAGAAAUAGAGGAUAAAACAAACAGAAAAAAGGAAUUGAUUUGGAGGAUUUCUAAAGGAAAGACGGUACAAGACAUUGGAAAGUCAACCAACAAACAAAAACACACAGGAGAGGUAGGAUUGUUCUGGACAAUGUAAUUGGUGUGUACAGUGUUAAUUACACUAAAUAGUGCAUUAUUUAAAACUGUUACAUGCAUCAGUGGAUGCUGGUGAGAGGAGCUAUAGGAGGACCGACU